AUGCGGAUUGCGGACGAUACCCAGCCAGGAGGCGACUGGGUCAAAGUUGAAUUACUGGGGUUCGUCGCUUGGCACAAGCUCAGAUCAGAACCGAGCGUCGUUUCUUUGCUCCUCUGUCAUACUUCGAGCAUUGAGGUGCAUCCCUUAGGAUACAUGGGCAUUUUCAGGGCUGCAAGAACCGCGGAUACAGCAUUCGCUGAUGAUCCACUGUACGACUACAUUGAGGACCGACCAUACCCGAAAUCUUCCCGGAGAAGAUGUUUUACUCGACUUGGGUGGUACGCGGCAAAGGUGCAUAGUGCAUCGGUGUUGAGUGUGAGCAAUGGAGAUGCGUUCCUGACGUUCCAGAUCCCCGGGCAAGAGGUUCGGCCGGUGGAGCGCACACUCUAUAGGGUAUCCGAGCUGCUUUGUAGGGGACUAUCGCAAGAACAGAGGGCCGAAUGCAAGGAAAAGGAGAACUCGGCCAUUCGAGCCACCUUCGGAGAGCGAGUUCGCGACAUGUUUCGGGUGGACGGUCUCGCCACACGGCCUAGCCAGCGGCACAGAGGCUAUGGAAGCGCGCUCAUGGCGGCCGCCAAUAUUCAUGCAGAUGAGCUCGGUAUGAAUGCGUGGCUGACGACGUCCAACGUCAGGAACAAAGCCUUCUACGAACACUUCGGCUUCGUUACUGUGCGCGAGUAUCUGGUGGGGGAGGAUAACCCGAGAUGGCCCAGACCGCCGGUUGUCGUGAGGAUUCAACCCCCGUAUCGCCCCGCGUCUCACUCUCGCGACUUUGAGCUGAAGAGUGGCUUCGACGUCCGAAUGUCAGUCAAGAAGGCAAUCGUCGAGGUCGUGAAGGCCAGAUAUGAGGAUAUACCAAGGAUCACGCAGAUGGUUGAGGACGCCUAUAAGCAUCAUCCUCUACGCAUAUACCUAAAGGCGAUUCCAGAUGGUGCUACGAUUCCUCACAACAGCUUCACCUGGCGCCUCCUUAUGUACUGGGAGCUCAGUUACUUCGUGCACUACCAUGCCGUAUUCACUGUUAAUCGUGGAGACGCGUUUGUGGCCAUACGCUAUCCAGCGCACCGCGUCUAUCGUAGACCAAUGCUCUCAGUGACUCAUGGGGUCCUGAACGCAAUGAAGAAUCCAGAGCAACGGAAGAGGUUCAAAGAACUCUAUGACAAGACCACCCCUGCAGUGCUAGCCGCUUUCGGUGACAAAUUCAGGGAAAUGCUUCAAGUGAUUCAUCUAGCUACAGCUUCAGACCAUCAAGGUAAGGGCUACGGUAGCGCACUCAUGUCGUUCGCGAAUGCGCGGGCAGAUGAACUGGGCUGCGCGUCGUGGCUAAUGUCAACCGACACCGCAUAUACGCCGUUCUACGAGGCACUAGGGUUCGUGGUUGUGAAGGAGGUACUCAUGGGGGAGGACAACCCGGCCUGGACGGAUAAGCCGGUCGCUAUCCAGAUCAUGAUGCGUGAAGCACGCAGCCUGGCUGCGAGCUACGAUCAGAAGUCAUUACGGUCCUGA